AUGGCCUCUCGCCCUGAAAUCAUCGGCCCUGAAGCCGGCCCCGAAAAGCCCUACCCUUACAAGAUGGAAGGCAAAGUCAUUUCAGGCUUCGGCCGCGGCUCCAAAGAGCUUGGCAUCCCAACCGCCAACCUCCCCGUCGAUGACGCCCUCACCCCCUGGAUCGCCAACAUCCCCUCCGGCGUCUACUUCGGCUACGCCUCCCUCGCCCUGCCCCCCUCCCACCCAGACAAGCCCUCCUCUGCAGCAGCCGGCGCAUUCACAGUCUUCCCCAUGGUAAUGUCCAUCGGCUACAACCCCUUCUACAAAAACACCGUCCGCAGCGCAGAGGUGCACAUCCUGCACAAGUUUAGCCGCGACUUUUACGACGCCCACAUGCGUCUCCUCAUCCUGGGCUUCAUCCGCGAGGAAAAGGACUACAAGAGCCUGGAGGCGCUGAUUGACGAUAUCAACUUUGAUUGCGAGGUGGCGAAGAAGAGUGUUGCGAGGGAGGCGUGGGGGUGGGAUAAGGGCAGUGGGGAGGACGCGGAGUGGUUUGUUAAGCCUUUAUAG